UUGCUAACGCGCGUCAGAGAUUUGUAACGGUAGAUGAGUUCUUAAGUGACUUUGCUGUCCCGUGUACAGUGUGAUAUGAAAGUUUAAAUAUCUGCCUGCUGGCCCUAGUAGAAUUGGCAGAGCUUUGUAUACAAAAGUACCUUAUACUGAUACCUGUAGUUUAGCUGUCCUGUGCAGACAGGAGCCACAUAACAGAUUGGAUUUGGGUGCUGCAGCUCCAGUGAGCUAUUCCGCUCUCGAACUAAGCAGUCAGGAUUACAGCAGAACAUAGCCAGAGCAGCCACGUGAGGAAGAUUCACCGCUUAGGCUGUAGGGACUCAGCUGGCUCAUCCAGACUAGCGGGACACACACAGGGGUUGUCUGUGUGAGAACUGGAGUGCAGCCUCGCAAGAUGGCUGAGCCCGUGUAGUGGAGCCCCACAGCUGAAAGGGGCAUUUUCUAUCUCCCAGCUUUUGGCAGUGCAGUUUCACCUAUUCCUUGUUCUGGUGCUGAUGUUCCUGUGAUUCCCCAUCCCAUGAGAAGCUGGUUCACUCCCCUGAAUUGCCAGAAAACUGACCUCAACUCCAUGCUGCAGUUUUAGCCGUCAGAGCUGAUCUGACUGCUGUCUUCCUUCCAUUGUGUGGCCCUGUCCCCCUCCUGGCCCCAGCCAGAACCUUCACUGAGCAGGCUGAGUAAGGAGAAAAUGAACUCGAUGCAAAAGUGGAUAGCUUUUUCUUGAAUUAGCAUGCUGAAACAGCCUCUUGAUGGAUCCGAGGAGCAUCAUCAACAGUACAAGGAGGGGCAAAAAUGUGUGGAUGGCAAGGAGAGGCCUGCAGCAGCCCAGCAGUUAGAUUGGUUUAGUCUGGCAGGAAAUCUGAGACAGAUUUUCAGGGCCUUGGGCCUGUUCACAUUAAAGCAGCUUGGGUCGGUCUAACCAAUGCCUAUGCAGUAUAGCUACGCUAGUAUUAAGGCGGAGAAGAUAGACUUUUGCGUUGGGGCAUUUUUGCAUUUAUGCAGUUAAUUCUGACAAUAUCUACUGCUGUCAAAACUCCUUGAUUUGAAUGCAGUUAUUGGUCAUUAUUUGCAAAUCAGAUGAAUCAAGAGCUAAACUUUUUCAUUAUUAUAAUUUUUAAUAUGCCUAUCAUGUUUCUGUAUCUAUUACUGGAAGGUAAUAACAUAAAUCAUACCUUUAUUUUAGGCAUAGAGGAAACAUUUUGUAUGCCUGUUUGUGGAGCCCGCAAAUUCACAGACAAGCAUGAGUGGAUAUCAGUUGAAAAUGGUAUCGGGACAGUAGGAAUCAGCAAUUUUGCACAGGAAGCAUUAGGAGACGUUGUUUAUUGUAGUCUUCCAGAAGUUGGGACCAAGUUGAAUAAACAUGAUGAGUUUGGAGCCCUGGAAAGCGUGAAAGCUGCUAGCGAACUCUAUUCUCCUCUCACAGGAGAAGUGACUGAAACUAACGCUGCCCUAGCAGAAAAUCCAGGGCUUGUCAAUAAAUCUUGUUAUCAAGAUGGUUGGCUUAUCAAGAUGACUGUGGAAAACCCCACUGAACUGGAUGAACUGAUGAGUGAAGAUGCCUAUGAGAAAUACAUAAAAUCCAUUGAGGACUGAGCUGGAAUACUGAAAUAAACCCAUAUAAAAUA